AUGAGUGAUAGAAGAAGAAUUUUAGGACCUUUAGGAAUGAUCCAUCCAAACAUUCCUCAUACCCAACCAUCUACUGCUUCUACUACUAAAUCAUCAUCAUCAAUUCCAUCAUUUUUCCUUAAACAUUCAGUAAUAACAAAUGCAAAUGGAUCAGCAUAUUUAGAAAUUAAUAAUACUAUAAUUGAAGUAUCUAUAUUUGGACCAAGACCAAUUAGAGGUUCAUUUAUAGAUAGAGCAACAUUAUCAAUUGAAUGUAAAUUUCUUCCUCAUAUUUCACCACAACCUCAAUCAAAUAUUUUUAAUGAUGGUUCAAAAAAUAUUAGAACUGGUAUGACUAAUGUUGAACAUAAAUUAAGUAAUUAUUUAGAAAGUUGUUUUUUACCUUGUUUAGUAUUGGAAAAAUAUCCAAAAUCAACUAUAGACAUUCAAGUUUCUAUUAUUAGUGUUGAUAAAGAAAUGUUAAAUGAUGAUGAUGGAAGAACAAAUAAUGAUAAUUCAAGUUUAUUAUGGUUAUGUCAAUGGAUGGUAUGUUGUUGUAGUUUAGCUUUGGUUGAUUCAGGAAUUGAAAUGAGAGAUAUUGUAAGUAGUGGUCAAGUUAGAUAUACUAAAUCAGGUAAAGUUUUAAUUAACCCAAUUGGAAAUACUACCAAUGAAAAAGAAGAAGAUGAUGAAGAAGAAGGUGUUGAUGCAUUGGUUAGUUUUAUGAAUUUGAAGAAUGAUGAAAUUGUUGGAAUUUGGUUUGAAAGUAAUGAUGAUGAAAAAGUUCCAUUGGAUGAAUCACAAAUGGAAAAAUUAAUUGAAGAAUGUAAUAAAAUGUCAAAGAUUGUAAGAGCUAAUAUUAAUUCCUAUUUGAUUAAUUCAGUCUAG